CCCGCGCCGGAGUCCGCGCUCCAGACAAGAUGGCGCAGCGGGUCCGGGGAGCGCUCGGAGCCCCGCGCCGCCGGCCUCGCCUGCUCCCCUGGCUGCUGUUGCUGCUGCUCCGGCCGGAGCCCGCCAGGGCCGCAGGCCGGGCGCCCUGCCCCGCCGUCUGCACUUGCGCCGGGGACUCGCUGGACUGCGGCGGCCGCGGGCUGGCGGCGCUGCCCGGGGACCUGCCCGCCUGGACGCAGAGCCUAAACCUGAGUUACAACAAACUUUCUGAGAUUGACCCUGCAGGUUUUGAGGACUUGCCAAAUCUACAGGAAGUAUUUGGAAAUACAUGUCCAUGUAAGGAGGAGGAUCGCAGCCUCUGGGGGCAGCCUGGGUAUCUCAAUAACAACGAGUUGACAGCCAUACCGUCCCUCGGUGCUGCUUCCUCGCACAUCAUGUCUCUCUUUCUGCAGCACAACAAGAUCCGCAGCGUGGAGGGGCGCCAGCUGAGGGCCUACCUGGCGCUGGAGGUGCUGGACCUGAGCUGGAACAACCUCACGGAGGUGCACAGCGCCUGCUUCCUGCAGGGACCGCCCUUAAAGGAGCUCAACCUGGCAAGCAACCGGAUCGGCACCCUGGAAUCCGGAGCGUUUGACGGUCUGUCGCGGUCGCUGCUGACGCUUCGCCUGAGCCGGAACAGGAUCACCCAGCUUCCUGUGAAAGCGUUCAAGCUGCCGAGGCUGACACAGCUGGACCUGAAUCGGAAUCGGAUCCGGCUGAUCGAGGGCCUGACGUUCCAGGGGCUGGACAGCUUGGAGGUGCUGAAGCUGCAGCGGAACAACAUCAGCCGGCUGACGGACGGGGCCUUCUGGGGGCUGUCCAGGAUGCAGGCGCUGCACCUGGAGCACAACAGCCUGGGGGAGGUGAACAGCGGCUCGCUCUACGGCCUCACAGCCCUGCACCAGCUCCACCUCAGCAACAACUCCAUCUCCCGCAUCAGCCGCGACGGCUGGAGCUUCUGCCAGAAGCUGCACGAGCUGAGUCUGUCCUUCAACAACCUCACUCGGCUGGACGAGGGGAGCCUGGCCGACCUCAGUAGCUUGAGCAUCCUGCGCCUCAGCCACAACUCCAUCAGCCACAUCGCGGAAGGCGCCUUCAAGGGACUCAGAAACCUGCGUGUCUUGGACCUGGGUCAUAACGAGAUCUCGGGCACAAUAGAGGACACGAGCGGCGCGUUCACGGGGCUCGACAGCCUCAGCAAGCUAUCUCUGUCUGGAAACAAGAUCAAGUCGGUGGCUAAGAGAGCAUUCUCGGGGCUGGACAGCCUGGAGCACCUGAACCUUGGCGAGAAUGCGAUCAGGUCUGUCCAGUUUGAUGCCUUCGCGAAGAUGAGGAACCUCAAAGAGCUCCGCAUCAGCAGCGAGAGCUUCCUGUGUGACUGCCAGCUCCGGUGGUUGCCCUCGUGGCUGCUGGGCCGGACGCUGCAGGCCUCCGUGACCGCCACCUGCGCCCACCCGGAAGCGCUGCAGGGCCAGAGCAUCUUCUCGGUGCCCCCGGAGAGUUUCGUGUGUGAGGACUUGCCAAAGCCACAGAUCAUCACCCAGCCGGAGACGACGGUGGCCGUGGUGGGCAGGGACGUCCGGUUCACGUGCUCGGCAGCCAGCAGCAGCAGCUCCCCCAUGACCUUUGCCUGGAAGAAGGACAGUGAGGUCCUGGCCGACGCCGACAUGGAGAACUUUGCCCACGUGCGGGCACAGGACGGGGAGGUGAUGGAGUACACCACCAUCCUGCACCUCCGCCACGUCACUUUCGGGCACGAGGGCCGUUACCAGUGCAUCAUCACCAACCACUUCGGCUCCACCUACUCGCACAAGGCCAGGCUCACUGUGAACGUGUUACCAUCGUUCACCAAAAUGCCACACGACAUCGCCAUCCGGACUGGCACCAUGGCCCGCCUCGAGUGUGCUGCCACCGGCCACCCUAACCCCCAGAUCGCCUGGCAGAAGGAUGGAGGCACUGACUUCCCCGCCGCUCGUGAGCGACGCAUGCACGUCAUGCCUGACGAUGACGUGUUCUUCAUCACGGACGUGAAGCUCGAUGACAUGGGGGUUUACAGCUGCACCGCCCAGAACUUGGCUGGCUCCAUCUCGGCCAACGCCACCCUGACUGUCCUAGAGACCCCAUCCCUGGCGGUGCCCUUGGAAGACCGUGUGGUGUCCACAGGGGAGACGGUGGCGCUCCAGUGCAAGGCGGCUGGGAGCCCCCCGCCCCGCAUCACCUGGUUCAAAGGGGACCGCCCUCUGAGCCUCACCGAGCGUCACCACUUCACCCCCGGCAACCAGCUGCUCGUUGUGCAGAACGUGGGGGCCGAGGAUGCGGGCCGGUACACCUGUGAGAUGUCCAAUGCCCUGGGCACCGAGCGGGCGCACAGCCAGCUGAGUGUGUUGCCCAGCCCUGGCUGCAGGAAGGACGGGACGACCGUGGGCAUCUUCACCAUCGCUGUGGUGUGCAGCGUGGUCCUGACGUCCUUAGUCUGGGUGUGCAUCAUCUACCAAACCAGGCGGAAGAGGGAGGAGUACAGUGUCACCAACACAGAUGAGACCGUUGUGCCACCGGAUGUUCCGAGCUACCUCUCUUCUCAGGGGACCCUUUCUGACCGACAGGACACUGUGCUCAGGACUGAGGGUGGCCAUCAGGCCAAUGGGCACGUCGAGAGCAAUGGUGUCUGUCCGAGAGACGCAGGCCUCUUUCCAGAGGCCGAUGCUCCCAGCAUCGCGUGCAGGCCGCCCCGGCUCUGUGUUGGGUACAGCAAGGAGCCGUGGAGAGCGACAGAGAAAGCCGCUGGCACACCUGGUCCACAGAAGAUGGAGCCCAGUGGCCCCGCUGUAAGCAGUGACAGCCACACUGAUGUGGACAGUUAUUCCAAGGAACACGCCUUCUGUCCUCAGCCGACGUCCAGGGACAGUACACAGCCAGGUACACUGAGCAGCCAGGAACCCCGUGGGAGUGACCGAGAACAUUCUCCACGUCUGGACAGUCUCCACAGUGGGGCUGGUGAUGGGUCUCCCCCCGACUGCAGGGAGUCCCUCUACCCCAGUAACCACGACAGAAUGCUGCCGCCUUGGAAGAGAAAGCCCGGGGCGCCUCCAGAGGGGAAAGGGGCCCCUCCAUGGAUGUUCGCAGGGGUGUGUGAGCCGGACUGCAUAGACCCCCAGCCCUCGACAGUGACCCAGGGCAGUUCUGAGCUCACACGAGCCGUCCUGGACUCUCCCGACGCCCCCAGCGAAGGUCGGCGCUUGCUUCUGCUGAAUGGACACAUCCCCAAAGCAGGUGACUCCGGUCCCGAGUCCACGCCACUGACAGGACAGCUGCCCGGGAAGAGGAGCGGGCCGCUGCUGUUCGCCCCGCGGGCCUAGGCGCUGUCUGUCUCCAGGGAGGAGAGGGAGGCACUGUGAGGAAGCUUGGGUUCAAGCGUCACUCUGUACAGUUUUAACUUCCAAGGGGAGUGUCCGUAGUUUAAAGGACUUGCAGCUGAAGCACGGAAUGCAAGAGGCUAUUGUGUACAUAAGAGUUUUCAGAGAUUUCAUAUAUAUUAUAUAUCUUUUACAAAGGAUAUUUUAAUCUUUAUUGCAUGGUUAACAGAAAAAAUCGUACAGUUUUGACAAUAUUUUUCUUACCAGGUUGCUGUUUCAUUUUGGAAUGUGGGGAUAGUUCUGGUGCCUUAAUGUAUGGAUGGAGUUUAUAGACGCUAAAAACCACAUUUCUU